CUUACAUUAUUUAAAGUACAGUAUAUCGCAUAUCUAAUAUUUAUUUAAGAUAUAUGGAUCGGAUAACAAUAUUCUGCAAUGACAAACAACAGAUCCAUUUCUCGAAAUCUAUUUUGCGUGAAUGUAGCGAAAGAAUAAAAAUGCUAUUACGUCCUUAUUCAAAUACAUCUGUCUCUCUUUACUUACCAUACUCGUCGGAUGUUUUGCAACAAAUUAAAGAAUAUCUGGAAAAAGGACCAAAAACCAUAAAAUUAAUGCAGAAUGCAACGGACAUAUUUUGCAUAAGCAAACGAUUAAACCUACGUAAUUUAAAUAAAGAAUGUCGAAAUUUCAUGACCGAUCCGUCAAGAGUUAAGAACGUGUGUUAUGUACAUGACUUAGCAUGUCAACAGGACGAUGAAAGAUUACAAUAUUUGUGCUGGAAUAUAUUUAAUUCGAAAUGGCAAGAAAUUUUCUCAUCGAACGAAUGGCUGAACUGUCAAGCAACAACCAUGGAUAGACUCGUUCGUAGGCCAAUAAAUCCAUUUAUUGACGAAACAGACAUCUUCACAUGUGUUAAUCUUCACAGUAGUUUUAAAAUGGGCCAAGAAAACAGUUAAUAAUGAAAAAGCUCUAAGGCAGGUGAUGAAACCAUUCCCUCAAUACAUAAGAUUUCUGACAAUGCCAGAAUGGUUUCUGGAAUCUCAAGUGUUCGUUGAACCGAUCUUAACGGACGUAGAAAGAGAUGCAAUCAGAUGUUACUUGCAAAAUAAGGAUUUCGAGGAGACAUGGUUUAUUCCAGAGAGUAUUUGUGACAUUACUUGUCCUAGAAAACACGAAUU